AUAUUUUGGGGUCAUCGAUAAGUUAGUUCCACCAUUCUCGUGAAAUCUCGUGUAAUUCGACAUUGGAGAUAGUCGAGUAUCCCACCACGUGUGGAAAAAGAUUGGUGAAAACGUAUCCCUGUGUGUCAGUUCUAGGUAGUGUAAGCUUAUCAUAUAGAGCUAAUCAUACAGAAUUACUGUUCAUGACGGUCAACUAAAAUGUCAAACCUUAGAACAAUCGUAACAAUUGCUGUGCCAGCUGUGACUGCUUUGCUGGGUCUACUGUGGUAUUUUGGGCGCAGAAAACAGCCAGCAGCUAGAAGAUUGACAGAUCCUCCAGAUAAGAAUAGACUGUCAUCACAGACAGAAAGCUCUGCUUCAGAUAAUGGCCAGAUAGCAGCCAAUGUUUCAAAAUCUGAGGCUUUAAACAGCCUCACUGGGAAUGGUGGCUCAAAUAUUCGUGAAAAUCCAGUAUCAAGUGGCAGUUUAGAAAGGACAGGUCGUGAUUGUCAUUCUAAUUGCAAAGGUGAUAAUAAUUCUUUUAAUACAGCUUCCGAGAACUUACAUGCUGAAUCGAGUAUGACUGGUUCUGGUGAUGCAACAUGUGUUGAAGCUGCACCUGUAGAAGAUUUGAUUCAUGAGACAGUAGUGAAAUCAUCUUUCACAGAAUCUUGUAGUUCAGACAGAACAUUCAAUGAAAACUUUCUUGAUGAUUCCAAAGUUUCAGAGUCUGCCAAAACCCCAUUGCAACUAAUUGAAGAAUCCAUUAUUACACCAAUUGAAGUUGAAAAUGUUCUAGCUGCUCCAGAGUUCUCUAGUCCCAAACCAGAACAAACUCAUACAGCUGAUAUGUCUCAAGAAAUCACUGACAAAAUUGACACAGAAAGUUUAUCCCUUAACACUCCAACUAAUGUGUCUGACAAUUGUGUUUUAAAUGAAAAUAAAAUGGAAAAUAGUGAGAAUGAAGUGAAGGAUUUGAACAUUACAGCAGAAUCUGGUAGUGAACCUGAAGAUCAAACAGUUCAACAAACUGAACCAUUAACACGAUCAUGGCAUGAAGACAUACCAGAAAAUAUGACAGAUCUCAAUGAAAAUUUAUCACUAAACUCACCUCCAGAAAUUGACCAUUGUGAACAAAAUAUUCCUGUAAGUUCAAACAGCAACAGCAGUACAAUUCAUGAGGCUGAAAGUUCAAUGAAAAUUGAGAGAACUGAAAGUGAUCAGCUCCAUGCUUCUGAUAAUAUAGACUCAAAAAUUGAGAACCAGUCGAAUCAGUUGCUGUCCAGUCCAAGUUCCCGGACUGGUUUACAAACCGAAAAAACAUCUGAAAACAACCAUUCUGAUUCUUCAUCAAACUGUGAUAAUCUUAGUGAGGCCUCCAAUGACAGCGGUAAAGGUGGAAGUGUUCAAGAGAAUACGGGCACAUCGCCCCCUGAUGAGGACCGCUUAUUUGAAUUCAACAUACCAUCGGAUCUUUGUGGACUGUUUAUAGGUACACGUGGAAAAACAAUCAAGAUGAUUAGUCAGCAGUCUGGAACAAAGAUACGGUUACAGAAUAACCCGUAUACUCGAGAUUAUCAGAUUUGUGUCAUAGAAGGUUCCCAGAGUGCCAUUGAUACUGCUUGUAAUAUCAUAAAGAGGAAGUUUCCUGCCAUUAAGUACCCAGGUAUGGAUAUGACACCAGCUGCCAACCCAGUUAUCAUGCCGGAAAUCAUGCAGCUAAGUUUGCCAGAAGGUGUAUCAGUGGACAUUGUUGUGUCCAGUAUAGUGGAUGCAGGUCGUAUAUUUGUGCAGCAGCCGACACAUCCUACAUACCCAUCCCUGGACAGACUUAAUACAUUCAUGAGUCAAUGUUACAUGCAAGAAGGGGCUGUACCUGAUAUUCCGCGCCCAAUUGAGGCUGGAGUGAUUUGUGCGGCACCAAUGUUGAAUGGCUGGUAUAGAGCUCAGAUUAUGGCAUCACACGAGGAUUCUGAUGAAUGUGAUGUGAAGUAUGUUGACUAUGGUGGUUACAGUCGUGUAUCAAGCAUGUUGUUGAAACAGAUACGAAGUGACUUCAUGACACUACCAUUUGAGGCUAUAGAGUGCUAUCUAGCUAACAUAACUCCUCUCGAUAAUGAGCAGUAUUUCAGUACAGAGGCUGCAGUGGUGCUCGAGGAACUUACUCAAGGGAAAUUACUCCAGGGGCAAGUUGUUGGGCGUGCAGAGGAUGGAAUACCAUACAUUCAUGUGUACCAGAUCUUAGGAGCUAAUUCUGCUGUCUUGGUCAAUAGAGAAAUGGUAAACAGAGGAGUGGUCAGAUGGGUAGAAUUGAUGGAAUGAACUGUGCUGUUGUUACAAAAAAACCAGGAAUUCAUUGACUGAACAAGGCUGUAUCAUUAAAUUAUUCAUCAAACCAAGAACGUUCUUUUGUUAAUGUGAAAAGUUAAUUAUUUGGAACUAGAAGAGAUUUAUUGGUGUGAUUUAAAGGGAUAUUCAGGUAGAACAUAAAUCCUUCUAAUUAUAAUAGUAAGGGUAUAUCUCACAUUAUAUUGACAUAAAUACGAGUAAUUAAACAAGAUGGAUUUAUUUCUUACUUUGAUAACAUGCAUGAUUUUGUUAACUCAACCUGUGUAUACAAGGUAAGGGUUUCACCUGAAAAUUACUACAAAAUGUGACAUUCUGUUUUUCCCAUAUAAAGUUAUUGUUAGAACGAACAGAGUAAGAUAUCAAUAUUUAAACGUUUGAUCAUCAUGGAGAGUUUGUUACAUGUCUUUGUGAAUUCACAGUAUGAUGAUUAAAGUAUUUCAUGAAAAAAAUCCUGAAUAUCCUUUAAUUAUGAAACAUAAAUGUACUCCAUUUAUCUAUAUGUCCUUUUAGAAAUGAGUCACUGAACAAGACUGUUCCACCAUCAUUAGAAGACAAAGGAAAUGUGACACGUCUAUAUACUAGUUGUAUAUCAGCUACCAUUUUACCUCUGUUGUAUUCUUCAGUUAGUGUUGUACAUCUUAGUUUGAAUUUAACUGUUAAUAUAAAUUGUGGUGUUCUCAUCCAUAUCCAGAGAUAUGAGGGAAACAAAAAUAAAGCUUUUAGAAUUAACAUUUGAGCCAAACUGAUGUUUUAAAUUGUUCUCUGUAGAUUUUCUUAUAUUGGGAUAAACUUCCUAAUCAAGUUUAAAUUUAGCUGAAAUUUAAAUUAGUGUUGAAUACAGAAUUACUUGAUAUUUGUAAAUGGGAUAUGUCAGUUUAUUAUCAGAUUGCUAUUUGGAAAUCUACUCACAAAAUGGCUUGUUGUUCCUGUAUUUUUUUAACAUAAAAGAAGCUAAAUAUACCAUAACGCUGUCAUUGAACCCUUUCCAAAUUUUAUUUCUUUUAACAUUGGAUUUCUAAAAGAAGUUUAAAUUUACCAUAAAGCUGUAUAUAUUUCCACAAAAUGAUAUGGUUGUUUUAAAUCAUGAAAGUUGUGAAUAUAUGUCAGAUUAAAUAUGUUUGUUGAUUUUAUGGAAAACAGAAGUUGAUCCAAAAAUUAAUGUCACUGGGGCUAUAAAAAUGUGUAUCAUGAAAAACAUAAAAAAAAAAACCUUGAGUACCUCGAUUUAUUUGCAGUACUGUCUGAAAAUAACAUAAAAACAUACUGCAUACUCCAGAUAUAGUAUUUUUAAGGACUGGUCCUCACUUAAGGCUUUUGGUCUAGAAUUUCCUUAUAUAUAACUGUUGGAAGACGACAUUCCAGGCUUUUGAAAGUAGAUUUUCAGGCUUCUCACUUUUAAACUGAAUCCAGGUCGGAUACAUAUUAAGAUAUUGAUCGUUAUUAAAAGCUUGUACCACA